AUGAGUGAAAGGAGAAGAUCUGCAGUCGCCCUGAGCUCCCGAGCACAUGCCUUCUCCGUUGAAGCCUUGAUCGGCUCAAAUAAAAAGCGGAAACUGAGAGACUGGGAGGAGAAGGGGCUGGACCUGUCCAUGGAGGCGCUGAGUCCCACAGGCCCACUCGGAGACACAGACGACCCGGCGACACACGGCCUGGAGCCCCACCCGGAUUCCGAGCAGAGCACUGGGUCGGACUCGGAAGUGCUCACUGAGCGGACUUCCUGCUCGUUCAGCGCUCACACUGACCUGGCAUCCGGUGCUGCAGGCUCGGUGCCUGCGGCCAUGUCUUCCAUGGAAGAGAUUCAGGUGGAGUUGCAAUGUGCUGACCUCUGGAAGAGGUUCCACGACAUUGGAACAGAGAUGAUCAUCACCAAAGCAGGCAGGAGGAUGUUUCCCGCCAUGAGAGUGAAAAUCACUGGCCUGGAUCCACAUCAGCAAUACUAUAUAGCAAUGGACAUUGUGCCUGUUGACAAUAAGAGAUACAGAUAUGUGUAUCAUAGCUCCAAGUGGAUGGUGGCUGGCAAUGCUGACUCCCCUGUGCCUCCAAGGGUUUAUAUACACCCGGAUUCCCUAGCAUCUGGAGACACCUGGAUGAGACAGGUGGUCAGCUUCGACAAGCUCAAGCUGACCAACAAUGAACUGGAUGAUCAAGGACACAUCAUUCUGCACUCCAUGCAUAAAUACCAGCCUCGAGUCCACGUGAUCCGCAAGGACUUCAGCAGUGAUCUUUCGCCCACCAAACCUGUGCCCGUGGGGGAUGGGGUGAAAACAUUCAGCUUUCCUGAGACCGUGUUUACCACAGUCACAGCCUAUCAGAAUCAGCAGAUCACCAGAUUAAAAAUUGACCGAAACCCUUUUGCUAAAGGAUUCAGAGAUUCUGGCAGAAACAGAACUGGACUUGAAGCCAUCAUGGAGACUUAUGCAUUCUGGAGACCUCCUGUGCGCACUCUGACCUUUGAGGACUUCACUACCAUGCAAAAGCAGCAAGGGGGCAGUACAGGUACAUCUCCAACCACCUCCAGCACUGGGACCCCAUCUCCUUCGGCUUCUUCUCAUCUCUUAUCUCCAUCUUGUUCUCCUCCAACUUUUCAUUUGGCCCCAAAUACUUUCAAUGUGGGCUGUCGAGAAAGCCAGCUGUGUAAUCUAAACCUCUCUGAUUAUCCACCAUGUGCCCGAAGUAACAUGGCUGCUUUACAGAGCUAUCCAGGGCUGAGUGACAGUGGCUACAACAGGCUUCAGAGUGGCACAGCUUCAGCCACUCAGCCCUCUGAAACCUUCAUGCCUCAGAGGACUCCAUCUCUGAUCUCAGGAAUACCAACACCUCCCUCGUUGCCCAGCAACAGCAAGAUGGAAGCCUAUGGUGGCCAGUUGGGGUCCUUCCCCACUUCCCAGUUUCAGUAUGUCAUGCAGGCAGGCAAUGCGGCCUCUAGUUCUUCAUCGCCACACAUGUUUGGUGGCAGCCACAUGCAGCAGAGCUCCUAUAAUGCCUUCUCCCUCCAUAAUCCCUACAAUCUGUAUGGAUACAAUUUCCCCACUUCCCCAAGGCUAGCUGCAAGCCCAGAGAAACUGAGCACAUCUCAAAGCACUUUACUCUGUUCUUCUCCUUCCAACGGGGCCUUUGGAGAGAGGCAGUACCUGCCCACAGGGAUGGAGCACAGCAUGCACAUGAUCAGCCCUUCAACUAAUAAUCAGCAGGCUACCAACACCUGUGAUGGCCGGCAGUAUGGGGCAGUCCCAGGCUCCUCCUCUCAGAUGUCCGUACACAUGGUUUAA